AUGAAUUUCCAUGAAGCUGCCAAUGAUCUGUCGUCUCUGAAGAACACCUUCUCCAGAGAAGGAUGCGAUUUCGUAGACGCAGCCAUCACUGAUGGCCAAUGCCUCUGCGAUGAAUACGAUGUAGCAUUCGAGAAACGCAAUAGGAGAAGAAGAAGUAUGCCAGAUGAACACCGAAACUCUGAAAUCUCCGCUAUACAAGAAAUGCGCCGUGUUAUGUACUCAACGAUCGACCGGCUUCAGCGAGAAAUGAGAGAAAGGUUCGAGCGACUGACAAACCUAGACAAUACUUUCGGGUUCCUUCUCGACACUCAGCGGCUACUACAAGGCCAGCUGAACGAAUUGAGGUCCGAUUGUUUGUCAUUUGCGAAUAUGUAUUCGGAUGAUGUCGACGGUAACGACUUAUACAGAGAGAUAUGUGAUUGUAGGAUGUUAGUCAGCGUGCGGGAGGAGUUACGAUUAAGGAAACCCGAAGAACUCCUCAAUUUCAUCAUAGAAUACGGCGACGAGAGUGUCUUCCCCAAUCUUCGGGUAGCGAUACAAAUACUACUGACGAUUGCCGUCUCGAUCGCCAGUUGCGAGCGAUCCUUCAGCAAGCUUAAGCUCAUCCUAUCAUACCUCCGAGCGUCAAUGGGGCAAGACAGACUGAUUGAUCUCUCUAUCAUGAGCAUAGAGAGAGAAGUCACCGAGGACACCGACUUCGAAUCUUUAAUCGAUACCUUCGCUUCGGUGAAGGCUCGAAAAGUCGUAUUUUAA